AUGCUUAUGGCAAAUUUUGCCAUUUCUUAUGGACUUUAUGUUCCUCGAUAUGACCUUCAUUACUUGAAUACUGGUGUGGCGGAAGCUGUACAAAAGAUCUUAUCCUUAAAUUUAUUUUCGAAUGAUAACGAAGAAUUUUAUAUGCUAGAUAACACAGAAAAUUCUGAAUAUGAGAAAUGGCUAGUAACGCAGGGAAACAUUUCUUUUCAAGGAAUUUUGAAUAAUAUUGGAGGCAUCAGCGAGUUUCUACAAGAGAAUGAGGUGAGCGAAGGAGCUGUUAUUGCGUCUCCUUCAAAGCAUAAGCCAGAUUACUUUUAUCAAUGGGUGAGAGAUGCUGCAUUAACCAUUAGAUCCUUGGUUCAUUAUCUUGAGGACAAUAAUCUAAACAACCUGAGGAUAAGUUCCAUAAUUGAAAAAUACAUUGAAAACAAUUACCACUUGCAGAGAUUACCGAAUAAUCUGGGUAGUUUUGAUGAUGAUACUCGAUCAGGUUUAGGAGAACCAAAGUUUAUGCCUGAUUGUACUGCUUUCAAUGAGCAUUGGGGGAGGCCUCAAAACGAUGGGCCAGGGUUAAGGAUAUCUACAAUAGUUUCAUACUUGAAUCUAAUACAGAAAUACAAGAUUCAAUUAUCUAAUACAUUCUUGAGAGAUGAGAGGUUCAUAUAUGAUGAAAUCAUUAAACCUGAUCUAUUUUAUAUUGUUAAAAAUUGGAAAAAAGAAAGUUUUGAUAUUUGGGAAGAAGUCAAUUCAAUUCAUUUCUUUACAUCUAUGUCACAAUUAAGGGCUAUAAUUGAUGGGCUCAAAUUGGCCAAGAUAUAUGAAGUGGAUAAUGAAUUUAUUGAUAAAUUACAUGAAGUUCUCGAUAGUUUGAAGGAUUUUAUUGAAGGAGAAGCUAGAUUUGUCAUCCCUUCAUCUCUUUAUAUUAUUGAGACACCAAGCUUAUUUUCAAGUGGUAAGAGGUCUGGACUCGAUGCUGCUACUUUACUUGCAAGUAUACAUUCACAUGACCUUGAAGUUAAUGAAUACUCUGAUGUUCCAUUUGAUGUUAAUGACUAUCAUAUUUUGAACACAAUUAAUGCAAUGGCUUCUGACAUGAGGUUUAGAUAUCCAGUCAACCGCGAUAGAAUUGGAAAACCUUCACUUGGAGUUGCUCUUGGAAGAUACCCUGAGGAUAUAUAUGACGGAGUUGGAACUUCAGAGGGUAAUCCAUGGUUUAUUGCUACUGCAUCUGCAGCGGAAGUUAUUUUCAAAACGGUUUACAAACUCCUGGAUAGUAGAGAAGAUUUAGUCAUUAACAAGUAUAACCAUGAAUUCUUUAAAUCUUUCAUUACCUUUGAAGCCGAUGAUUUAGAAGAGUUCGUCAUUCCGUACAAUUCUGUUCGGUAUAACAAUGCCUUACUUAAUUUAUUUGACUUUGGGGACUCCUUUUUAAAGAUAAUAAAAGACCAUGUUGAUGGAAGAGGUCAUAUGUCUGAGCAAUUCAACAAAUAUACGGGUUACAUGCAAGGUGCCAAAGAUUUGACUUGGAGUUAUAGUGCAUUUUGGAAUGCUUUAAGAUGGAGAACUAAGACUCUUGACAUAUUGUCCUUUUACAAUACUAAACAUACUUAG